UUAAGUACACUAUAUUAACAGAGCCAAGAGGAAGCAUUAUCUCUAUGCUUGUGCUUCAAAUGGCACAUUUGACUGACUUAAGACUAUACCACUGAGACUGUUUUACCGCACUUGCAAGUUUGCUGAGACAGCUUGUGAUUUGUUGCUGAAGAUUGAUGGACAAAACACUUGAAAGUCGUCCUCUGGCAGCAUCUCUACAGUGGAAGCAAGUGCCAGGAACAUGACUGACUUUGGAGAGAUCCUCCGGACCAUCGGAGAAUUUGGAUUAUUUCAGAAGAUCAUCCUCUUUGUCCUUUGCUUCCCAAAUGCUAUCCUGCCAUUUCACUUUGCCAGUGUGUUUUUUGUCCAGUCAGAUCCGGAGCGCCACUGUAACACUGACUGGAUACUUAGUGGUGCUCCUAACCUGACCAAAGAUGAGCAGCUGAACCUGACUGUGCCGCGGGAGGAAGAUGGGACCUUCAGCAGGUGUCAGAUGUUUGUACCUGUGAACUGGAGCGUCGAUGCCAUCAGGGAGAAUGGACUCAAUGAAACCACACAGUGUCUGAAUGGAUGGGUGUACGGAAACAUGCUCUAUGAAGCCACCAUAGUCACUAAUUUUGAUCUGGUUUGUGACCAAAAUUAUUUGCUGCAAGUUGCACAAACGGUGCUGAUGGCUGGCAUCCUAGUUGGUUCCCUCAUAUUUGGACCUUUCGCUGAAUCGUUCGGUCGUAAACGAGCAACUCAGGUUCCAGCCCUUCUGAUGCUUAUAUUUUCUGUAACAACUGGAGUAUGUCCCAACUUCUCAUUGUAUUUGGCAUCCCAGUUCAUGGUGGGAAUUGGCUACGGAGGUUAUCGGCUUAAUGGAAUCAUACUGGCCACUGAAUGGAUCGGGGUGUCCAGACGAUCGUGGGGAGGUUGUUUGAGUCAGCUGUUUGGUGCAGUCGGCCAGUGCAUCCUCGCUGGCAUGAUCUACUACGUCAGAGACUGGAGAAUGGCUCAGCUGAUGACAGCAGUUCCACUCGCAGUCGUAGCUGUUUACAUAUGGUUUAUUCCGGAGUCAGCCAGGUGGUUGUUGGACAGAGGAAGGAUAGAAGAGGCUAAGAAACUCAUCACCAAAGUGGCUGCCAUCAACAAACGCACUGUUCCAGACUCUCUGCUAGAAAAGAUUGUUGUGAAAGAAACUGAAAAGAAGGGAGGCAUAAUAAUUCUUUUCCAAUCACCUGUGCUUAGGAAGUAUUUCUUAACCAUAAUAUUGGCAUGGUUCUCUCUGAAUGUCGCCUACUUCUGCCUUUCAUUCAAUGUGGGAAACUUUGGCUUAGACAUCUUCCUGACACAGUCCAUAUUUGGCCUGACUGAACUCCCAGCACACAUCCUGUGCAUUUGGCUGCUGGAGGCGCUAGGGAGAAAAAUAUCACUCAUGGCAACACUACUGAUUGGAGGUUUCUUGUGCACCUUGAUCCUAGCUGUUCCUCAAGAUAAUGCUGUUGCCAUCACCAUACUAGCAACCUCAGGACGUUUUUUCAUCAACUGGGCAGGUUCCGUCUGCAGCGUCUACAUUCAGGAGCUGUUUCCAACAUCUUUUCGGUAUGAGGGACGCAUGGCUGAGUGACUGUUAAUGUCCACAUUAUCCUUCACAUUCUGAUUGGCCACCAAGAUGUGUUCGUUAUGAGGACCAUGACGCGUCCUCCUCCUGUAAAACCUGCAAAAUAUAAGAGAUGUUAGGAACGUCAAAGUGUUAGUGUAGAUGGUAGUGUAACACAGCAUGUGUAUGCAAAACUGCACAGCAGCUCACCUCUAUAAUCUCUCCUUGUACGAGAUAGUUGGAGUUCUGUCUCCAGUGUAAUACCCUACUCGUUGCAGGUGGAGACUUCUUUGUGACCUGACUGGAAAAUGGUAGAAAGAGAGGAGCCAAUCAUCAGUGACACAUGUGGAUAGUCGUAUGAUGUUGCCACCAAACUGUCAGAAAUAGAAACUGUUGUGCUGUGUAAACACAAUGCACAACUAGAGUAUACGCAAUCUCCAAAAUACUGACCUGCUGAGUGAGGCCGUGUCAAAUCUGAACACAUGAACUUUAUUGCAGAUGAAAGAUGCAUUGCACACACUACUGCUGUCACUUACCUCUUAAUGGUGCAGGUGUGAAGUAGUCACAAAGAAUUAGUGGAAAAGCUGAAACAGCAAAGAAGUUAAUUCCCUUGAAAACCUGGAAAAGAAAAUAAGUUAAUGUAAUGUCCUGGAAAACCAAGAUAGAAACAGAGUUUUUGUUUCUGGAACCUGGAAAACAAAAGCUAAACUGUGAGAUUGUGUUCGUGGCUGAGUCCAGGGUCCUUCUGAACACCUGAAAACUGCAAAGCGAUGCUGAGGCUGAACUCUGAGUGAGAGGUAGCUGUGCACCUGUGACCCAAGAUUCUACUGGAACUUCCCAACAUUCUAUAUGCAAAUGAGGCAACACAGCUGAUUUCUACCAACUCUGUGAUUCUCAUGUAAUGUGUAAAUUUGCAAAUUAUGGUUUAUAGUUUUUGUCAUUCACUCCCUAAUCAGAUUAGAGGACAAAAUGUUCAGCUACUUCCUGAUAUACAAGUCCCAUUAUAACCAGAUAAUCAGUGUCGUUCACUUGUCCUGCCAGUGACCAUGAUGAUGUGGUUGAUUCAUGUGCGCCAAUGUAAACACAGUUCUUCUCUGUAAAAAUAGUUUAAAUCAGGGGUUCUUAACCUUUUUGACCUUGGGCCCCAACUUUUUCAGGGCAAAGUGGCUCAGGACUCAUUGAAAUAUUAACGCUGACAGCUAAAAUCUAAAAAAAUUAAGUGAUAUAUCGUGAUCAUCACAAAAAACAUUUAUGUGUGUGCUUCAACCAGUACAUACAGCAAGACGUUGACCAGGCCAACAAUUCAUGGGACAAAUAUAAAGGCUCAAAUCAGGCUUAUUAACACAAACAGUAACAAUAAAGAAUUAGAUUUGGCACAACUUUCAUCUUUAGUUUUCCAAUUUAAAUACUUCUCCAUAUCUUCUGCUACAGGCUAGCGGCUGGCUGUCUUCUGUUUAUUGGAGCUUGUUAAGCAUUUGACUGGUGCAUGAAUGCCACUAAGUGUUAGGAAGUAGUAUUGUAACUGAACAUCUCAUGGAUGAACAGUAAUAUCUCUGGUGUCAUCAAAUGAUAACCUCUAGAGCGGGUUAUCCAUGAACCAGAGGGUUAACAGUUCAAUCAAUGAAGCCCCAGUUGCUCCCAGUGCGUGGCGGUGUGUGAAUGUGUGUGUGCUUGUGGGAGCGAAUGGUUAGAUGUGGCGCUUUUACUACCAACAGGUAGAAAAGCACUAUAUAAAAGUGUUUUUUGUCCCUUCAGGUAGUACUGGCCCCACGGCUAAGAACCACUGCUCUAGUAGACAUGUUUGUUGCCAAAUUAGUCGAAUAAACACAGAAAGUCACAUAAAGUCAGAUACUAAAGGGUGCUACUCUUCUUUUGUUGUCAGAUCAGUUAAAUGGCUCUAUUAAAGGCAAUAAAAAAACAUGCAGUUAUAAAGAGCAUUACAGUACUAUUGUACUAGUUGUACUUUACGUUCUACUCAGAAAGCCAAAAGAUAUUAUUGCAUGGUUGUCAAGACAACCAGGAAACAUGAAGCUGUUGCCAUCUAAGUGCUGUUGUUCAUUCCUG